UUGAAAAUAAAAAAAAUCAGUAAGCUUCCACAAUGAACCCAGUCACACAAGAAACAAAGGAUUACACCUAUUGCAAGAAGGUUAUUCUGAAGAACUUUAAUAUGUCAGAACAAGAGUUCGACAAGGAUCAGCACGAGGUUGAGAGUCUGCAGAAUCUCAGUAAUAUUACAAAGGGGACCAGAAAUGCCAUCUCUAUGUCUUAUGAGGAUGGGAAGGGACUUCAAAGUGAUGAUAGUGAAGAGGAUGAAAGAGAAUUAGCAGAUAAGAGUGUUAAUGAUCAAGAUUCACAUUAUAUAAGUAAAGAAUUUGGAGAAAGGAUUGAUCAAUUAGCUGAAAAUUUUGAGCAACCUGAAGUCACUGAAAAUGGUCAAGAGACUGAAGAAGAAACGAGAGAAGUGCCAAACCCUGAUCGUAUCAUAAAUACACAGAAAUAUUUAGAAUUAGAUAAAAUACCUCUAGGUGAUCUCAUGGAUCAUCUAGAUAAAUAUUGUGUUGUUCAAACAGGAAAAGAUCAAAAUGGGAACCCAGUUUAUCAGCUCAUGAAAGACCUUAGUUUAAUUAUAGUGAAUAAUGAAGAAGAGCAAAGCAGUGAACCAGAGUCUGAGCAAGAAGCUGUAGAAGAGAAAGCUGAGCAGAAAGACGCAACUGAGGAGCAAGAUAACACAGAGGAACAAGAGGAAGAUCAACACAUGCCUAUUCAAAAUGAACCAGAUUAUGAAGACAAUCCAGAACCAGAACUUGGUGCUCAACCCCCUCAAAAAAUUGACUUAACUCCUUACCUCUUUAGAGGACAGAUGAUAAACCCUCUUUUCCUUGACCCUAGUUCUGAAUCAGAUCAGAAUGUUGAAAUAAAAGUAGAGACUGAUACCUUGGAACAUCGUUUGCUUGCUCCCAUCACUGACCCUGACAAGAGCGAUAAAGAGAAGAAUACUGAGGGCACUAAGAGUGGCACUACUGAAGAUGAAGCAGACAAAAUCAUAAAAAUUCCAAAUCUGUCUAAAAUCAGAGUAGACAAAAAUGAUAAAGAUGAAGAUAUCCAAUGUGAGUACUGCCUUGAAUUCUACCAAGAAGAUGGCAACCAGAUUGUCUUAUGAGACUUAUGUAAUGGAGCUAUUCACCAGCUGUGCUAUGAAAGAGAUCUUUCCCCACAAAUUCCUGAAGGAGACUGGCACUGAGAAAGAUGCAAAUUCUUGAUGCUAAGGAAUUCAGACUGUAAAGAGGAAAAUAAUAAGGAAAUCGAUUGUUCAUUAUGAGAGGAUUCACAUGGAAUCUUAGUGAAAACUGAUUGUCUUUCGUGGGUGCAUCCCUCUUGUGUCAAAUGGAUGCCCUUUUUCUCCUUUAUGAAGGACCCAGAAGAUCCUUUCUAUACAGUAGAAUGAGAUGAAGAAAUUGGAAAAUUGAGAGAUAGAAAAUGCUUCUAUUGACGCAAAAAGAGUUCAGGAACAAUUAGAUGUGCAUUUAGAAGCUGUUAUCACCAUUUCCAUAUCAGUUGAGCUAUCAAGAAUAAAUGUAUCCUAGAAGAUUCUAAAAUGUUAGAGAUUACCAUUGAUGAGUAUUCUCCAAUUUUCUGUAAAAAUCAUCAUGAAAAAGGAAUUGAGUCAGUAAAAGAGAGAGGAUUGAAAGGAAUAAAAAGAUCUAGCAAUAAGGAAGGAAAGAAAGGAGAGAAGAAAUCUAGCAUCAAUAUAAAAGCAGAAGAGAAAACUAAAAAUAAACUGAAAAAGAGAGACCAAAAAGCCAAAAUAAAGAGAAAAAAGCAAGAAUUACCUCCCCCUUCCAAACCCAAGCGCAAGCCCAUCCGUCCCUCCCGACUCCCUAAAAGACCUUCCCACCUCCGCCGCAUCAACCCCAUCAACUACAAAGACUCCUCCUCUACCUCCAUGACCAGUCUCCAAAAAUCCCACCAUCUCAAGACCAGUCUCCACCCAAAACCCCAUUCCAAAUAAAUCAGCCAAGAAGUUACCUAAGCCACUGCCCUGUGCGGUCAAGCUGGAAAAAGAUGGAAACAGGAAUGGAAGAAGAGAGGUUGAGAUAGAAGAAGAAAGUGUAGUUGAAGUAGAAGAGAUUUAG